CGGAAGCGCCGGGCCCGGGGACACGUCGCAGGGGCCGCGGGCCGGGCCGGGCGCGCAGAUCCCGGCGAUGUCGGGGUUCGAAAGCUUCAGCACCGACUUCUUCCAGACCAGCUACAGCAUCGAUGAGCAGGGGCAGGGCUACGACUACAGCAGCAGGCCCUACGGCAGGCACUAUGGAGGCUACGAGUACCCCCAGCAGAGCGGGCUGGUCCCUGCAGACAUGGUGCAGCAGCAGCCCUACACCGGGCAGAUCUACCAGCCCACACAAGCCUACGCUCCAACUUCAGCACAGUCUUUUUAUGGAAGUAACUUUGAGGAUGAGCCUCCCCUGUUAGAAGAACUGGGGAUCAAUUUUGACCACAUCUGGCAGAAGACACUGACAGUGCUGCACCCCCUGAAGGUGGCAGAUGGCAGCAUCAUGAACGAGACGGAUCUGGCGGGGCCCAUGGUCUUCUGCCUGGCCUUUGGGGCCACCUUGUUGCUGGCUGGUAAGAUUCAGUUUGGGUAUGUCUAUGGCAUCAGUGCCAUCGGGUGCUUGGGCAUGUUCUGCCUCCUGAACUUGAUGAGCAUGACGGGCGUCUCCUUCGGCUGCGUUGCCAGCGUCCUGGGAUACUGUCUGCUCCCCAUGAUCCUCCUCUCCACUUUUGCUGUUGUGUUUUCAUUGCAGGGAAUGAUGGGGAUUAUUCUCACAGCUGCAAUCAUUGGCUGGUGCAGCUUUUCUGCUUCCAAAAUCUUCAUUUCUGCCUUAGCCAUGGAAGGACAGCAGCUGCUGGUAGCAUAUCCCUGUGCGCUGCUCUACGGAGUCUUCGCCCUCAUCUCCAUCUUCUGAACAGACUGUCCAAACUGCUGGACUCCCCGUGGGCCAAAAUGAAACCAUCACCUGGGAACAUUCACUUGGACCAGAAACAGCUGCCAACAGCUGACGGGUGUUGCUCUCACAAAACUUAGACCUGUUCUGAAUCAUUUGGAACAAUGAAAACAAAUGUCUUGUGUUCACUUUUUUAGAACUUUGGAUACUGUUUUCAAUUGACCUGAGGUGUCUAUAGCUUUAAUAAGUGUUCAUGCUUAUCAGGUUAAUGUGAUUUCUUUCCCAUUCCUCUCUCUUCAGAAAACUGAACUUUUGGUUGAGCCUUGGGCAUUUUGUUUGAAUUUUUUUUUUUUUUUUUUAGGGGGGGGAGAAGGUUUGCAGUUAUACAUUUAUAGAUUUUUAUCAGCAGAAGUUAACAACUGCAGGUGCUGCAGAUUUGGGGCACUAUGAAGAAAUCUGCAGUAAUAAAGAACCUGUUUCCUGUCCCCUCUUACCAAAAGUAAAAUGCACAAAUGAACACAGGCAAUUGGAGUAUUUUCUAUAUUUUAACAAAUAUCCUCUUAAGCUCCUUGGUCUCAUUUAUUUGUUUAUUUGAUGUGAUAGUAUUUCAGGAUUUAAGAUAAUUAAAUUAUGAAUUAGAGAACAGAUACAUGAAAGUUAAAGGGAUCUGCAAUUCUGUCACACUUGAGAUACAAAUACAUUUGGAUGUCUCAGUAGCUCUAGGUUAACUUGGAUUUCUGAAGAUCAAUUAGUUCCAUUUCCUAAUGGUGCACACACUAGUAUAUGAAGAGUAAUCUCUUGCAGAACUUCCAAGAAAAACACCAUUUUCAAAAUGUUAUGCUUGUCAGUAUUGUAGUUACUGUAAAAUAAUUUAAGGCAUAUUGAUUAAAUUUUCCUUAAACUUUGAAAAAA